AUGGAUGAUCCCAAAGCGACUGAGCUAGACGUGCUGCGAGAUACGUGGGCGCGCUACUUGGGGUACGCCAACGAAGUGGGAGAGGCGUGCAGAGGGGUGCUUCCUCUUUCCCUGGUCCAUGCCUCCUAUGGCCUGGUGGGGCUCUACGUGCUUGCGGAUGCCAUCCACAAGGGACGCCGCGCCAGCCACAGAAAGCACGGAUCGGUUGCUGAGCGAAGGUUCGACAUUGUGGACAACGUCGCGGACACGCUGCUGUGGCAAACGCUGGCGUCUCUGUUGGUGCCACCGCUGCUCAUCAACCGGACUUGCAAGCUGACGGCCUUUGGGCUGGGCAAGUAUUUCCCGCCGGCGGCAUAUCCCUCUCUGACUCCACGGCGCCGCGCACUUGUGCAGACAGCCGUGGGUCUUGCCGUCAUUCCCUUCAUCGUGCACCCGAUCGACCACGGCGUACACUUUGCCCUCGACCACACUUCGCGUGUACUCUCCGGCAUCAUUCGACGUAAGUACUUCCCAGUGCCAUCUUCCUCCUCGCCUCCCUUGCAGACGCCACAGGGCUCUGACAACCAACAACAACACGAAUGA